UCUAUCGCGAGCAUCGCGAGUGCUGCAGCGCCCUGGUGGCCCUGGUCCCCCUGAUCCGCGAACGGCAACGCGCCACGCCGUGCUCGACGUCGUCCUGGUGCCUAGCAGUGCCUCGCAGUGCCUGGCAGUGCAGUGCCUAGCAGUGUAGUGCCGCGCGUUGCGUGUCCGGCGGGUGGCGUGAUAGUCCGCGUGUGUCCAGUGCGAGUCGGUGAAGUACCCGACGCCCGCCAGUGGACGUCCAGCCGAACACCACUGAACACCAGGUUUCAGCCCGCCAUGGCGCCCUCGCGGUCGUCGCCCGCCGUGGUGGCCGACAUGAAGGCCGACGUGCAGGCCGACCCCGUCUUGCUGCCCGACGUAGCUGGCUUCUACGCGGGCCGCGACGUCCUGGUGACGGGCGCGACGGGCUUCAUGGGCAAGGUGCUGGUGGAGAAACUGCUGCGGUGCUGCCCGGACGUCCGCUCCGUCUACAUCCUGGUGCGGCCCAAGCACGGCACCUCCACCCGCGCGCGCGUCGAGGCCAUGUCCCGCCUGCCUGUGUUCGAGCGCCUGCUGAAGGAGCGGCCGGCCGCCUUCGAGCAGCUGAGGCCGCUGGAAGGUGACGUGGGGCAGGAGAAGCUGGGGCUGAGCGAGGCCGACCAGCGCACCGUGCUGGACAACGUGUCCAUCGUCUUCCACAUGGCCGCCUCGCUCAACUUCAAGCUGCCCCUCAAGCAGGCCGUGGAGGACAACACCGCGGGCACGAAGAGCGUCCUGGACUUCUGCUGCCAGAUCGCCAAGCUCGAGUCCUUCGUGUACGUGUCGACGGCCUUCUGCAACUGCGAGCAGGAGGUGCUGGAGGAGCGCGUGUACCGGCCGAAGGUCGACCCACACCAGGUCAUGCGGCUGUGCAGGGAGUCGGACCCUGACACCCUCCAGACUCUGACCAAACAGCUCAUGGGCAAGCACCCCAACACAUACACGUUCACCAAGCAGCUGUCGGAGGGCCUGGUCGACGAGUACCACACCAAGAUGCCCUUGUCCAUCGCGCGGCCUUCCAUCGUGACACCCGCCCUGCGCGAGCCCGUCCCCGGCUGGGUGGACAGCCUCAACGGCCCCACGGGCAUCGUCAUCGCCUCCGGCAAGGGCGUGCUGCGUUCCAUGAUGUGCGACGCCCAGCACCACGCCGAGGUCGUCCCCGUCGACGUGUGCAUCAACGCGCUCAUCCUCAUCGCCUACAAGCGCACCCGGCUCUCGCAGGACGAGGCGAAGCGGACGCCGGUGUACAACGUGUCGUCCAACGAGAAGCAGCGCAUCACGUGGGGGGAGAUCAUCGACCUCGGCAGGGAGAAGAUCCACGAGUACCCCUACGACACCGUGCUGUGGUACCCGGACGGCGCGAGCCGCACCAACUGGCUCGCGCACACCCUCAUCGUCUUCUUCUUCCAGACCCUCCCCGCCUACGCCAUCGACUUGCUGCUCACCCUCGCCAUGCAGAAGACGUUCAUGGUGCGCGUGCAGCGCAAGAUCGCGGCCGGCAUGAGCGUGCUGCAGUACUUCACGAUGCGCGACUGGGACUUCCGCAACGACCGGACGUGGGCGCUGUGGGAGAGCCUCGAUAGGAAGGACCAGGAGGUGUUCUACAUCAACAACACCGUGCCCGUGGACCCCCAGGAGUACCUCAAGAUCAUCAUCCUUGGGUCGCGGCAGUACUGCUGCAAGGAGCCUCUCAGCACUCUGCCGCGCGCGCGCAGGGUCCUCAGAAUCCUGUACUACGUGCACCACACGUGCAUCGCGCUGUUCUACGCGUUGUGCGGCUGGCUGCUGUUCCGCGUGCUGGACUCCGUCCUGGACUCCACGCUCGACCCCAAGUCCUGGGCCAUCCUCGGCCAGGUCUCCCCGAGCGGCCACUAGCCCCGCCACCACCGCCACGCCCGGAACACGCAGACAGCCACUGCCGGAGCAGACUGCGCUUCGCCACGCGUCGCAGCCACCAAAAUAGUGCAGUGCUACGAGUGACUGCUACCGUUCAGUGUCUCAAACUGACUGAAACUAGACGGGAAACUCUCACUAAGCAUUUCCACGCCUUAAAAGUCGAAGGAAUAUUUGAGGUGGCUCAAUUUUACGGAUCAACAUCUACUACAGUGUGUAGAGAAGGGAACAUUUUCGCUCUCUCUUCGAGCGUAGAGCGAGCCCAGCGUUGCUUCAUGGUUUGCCUUAUUGGGGCAGUGACCUCUGACGACCCGGGAACUACACGAGAUUAGCCGCGCCACACCACACUGCCAUCGCGACCACGCCGCUCGUCCGGGUUGGUCCGGGUCCGGACGGUCCGGACGUCCCGUAUCCGUAACGCAGUAACGCAAGACUGAGGCGAGGGCGAGGUCUUCGUCGGGCAUCUCCAGCCUUCCUAGUGGACUCCACGAGGGGAGCUCGUGUAAAAUAAAUGUAUGGCCAUUGCA